GGUCACGUGACGCAGAAGAUGGCGGCUCCUGGCGAGCGAGAGGCGGGUGGCGCUGCGGAGGAAGCGUUCCUCACCUUCUACACCGAGGUGAAGCAAAUAGAGAAACGAGAUUCUGUUUUAACAUCCAAAAACCAGAUUGAGAGACUUACCAGGCCCGGAGCAUCCUAUUUCAACCUGAAUCCAUUUGAGGUAUUGCAGUUGGAUCCUGAAGUUACAGAUGAAGAAAUAAAGAAGAGAUUCCGUCAGUUAUCCAUAUUGGUGCAUCCUGACAAAAACCAAGAUGAUGCUGAAAGAGCCCAGAAGGCAUUUGAAGCUGUUGACAAAGCAUACAAGCUGCUGCUGGACCAGGAGCAGAAGAAGCGAGCCUUGGACGUAAUUCAAGCGGGGAAAGAAUACGUGGAGCACAUUGUGAAAGAGAAAAAGAAACAAUUAAAGAAAGAAGGCAAGCCAACCAACGUCGAGGAAGAUGAUCAAGAAGUAUUCAAGCAAGCUGUCUACAAGCAGACAAUGAAGCUCUUUGCGGAACUGGAAAUCAAAAGGAAAGAGAGAGAAGCCAAAGAAAUGCACGAAAGGAAGCGGCAGAGAGAAGAGGAAAUUGAGGCACAAGAGAAGGCCAAGCGGGAGCGUGAGUGGCAGAAGAACUUUGAGGAAAGCCGAGAUGGCCGUGUUGACAGCUGGAGGAAUUUCCAGGCAAAUACAAAAGGGAAGAAAGAGAAGAAAAACAGGACCUUUUUGAGGCCUCCGAAAGUGAAGAUGGAGCAGCGUGAAUGAGCCCGUUUCCUCCAGGCUCUAAAAGGACUCUCCCAUACUACCGCAUUUAAACCUUUCUUGCUUUUCCAGUAGGAUCUUUUGUUUUCCAGUACAAUUGAAUCUUCAUUUGCCUGAGGUUCAUGGUGUGAUGUCCAGGGCCAGCCCCACCGAUCUUAGAACACUUGGCUUACUUAGGAAGACCCUGCCAUUAACUGCCCGUCACAUUUCCCUAUAGUCCUGUAAUUUAAUGUUCUGUACUCCCAAGGAUAUUUACUGUUUGGAGUUGCCAUCUGCCUUAAUUUGUAGGAAGUGUCCCACUGAGGCAGAUGCUAAAAAAUGGUGUCUGGCGUGACUCCCUUGCUCACUUUAAAUCCGUCGUCAGCUUCUCCUCUGCAUCGGUCGCCACUUGUCAAUAGUGAGGAUUCGAGCUUGGAAUCUUGAGAUACACAGCCUGACUUGUUAAGUCCCCCAACUCAGCUGCAUGGAGCUGAAGCUAUUCCCCUGGCUCUCAUUCCCAGCUGGAAACUCCUGGUUCCCAGGGUCAUGGAUGGGGAGGGGGGGGGUCUGGUAGUCUCAAUGGGCCAGUCGCCCUGUGUAAAUAAAGCUCCACCAUUGAGUAUUCAGUUAGUGGCAAUGUUCCGUAUGUAUAAAUAAAUUUUUACCCAAAAUA